UCGCCACAAGCCCCGCCCCGCCCGCAAGCCCCGCCCCCGCCCGGCGGAGCGCCCCCACCAGUUGGGUCCAACCCGCAGUUAAGGCAUAAUUCGUCCUCGGGCUGCGCAGAGAGGGGACCCAAGCCCCGAGCUCCGGACGCUGGGACAGGCCGCCCGCAGACCACCCCCGCCCCGUGCGGGCCACCACGCCCCCCGCAGGACCCGCCCGUCGGCCUCGGGGCGCCCCAGCGGCUCCUUCCCGAGGUCCAUGCCCACCCGGGAGCCCCCCCACGCCCACGGCUCCCGGGGGGACCUGCAGUUCCGCCCGCCUGGCCCAGGGCCUCCGCCUGGUUCAUUUGGAACCAGCGUCCGCUGUUCUCUGUGCCAACCGCAGCCAGGAGCUCACAGGGCACGGCCCAAGAAGAUCGUAUUUGAGGAUGAACUGCCCUCCCGGCCCCGCCCCGGCACCAAGAAGCCUGUUGAAUCCAUCCCUGGGGAGCAUAUGCCUAGGCCCCACCCGGUGCCCGACUAUGAGCUCAGUAAGUACCCGCCAGUGAGCAGUGAGAGGGAACGGAGCUGCUACGCCGCGGUGUUCCAGGACCAGUAUUCCGAGUUCUUGGAGCUCCAGCAGGAGUUGCGCUCCACACAGGCUAAGCUCCAGCAGCUGGAAGCCCUGCUGACCUCACUGCCCCCACCCCACAGCCAGGAGGCUCAGGUAGCCGCCAGAGUCUGGAGAGAAUUUGAGAAGAAGCGGACGGACCCCGGCUUUCUGGACAAACAGGCUCGCUGCCGUUACCUGAAGGGAAAACUGAGGCACCUCAAGGCGCAGAUCCAGAAAUUCGACAACCGAGAAGACAGCGAGGGCUCUGUGUACUUCUGAGCAUCUUGUCUGUCUGGUGGGAGGAGGGCCGGUCCCACUUGCCCUCACUCCUCUUUCUACCUCCCAGGCUUAGUUCCUGCUCUGUCCUGGCCUAGGGUAGCCUUCCCUGGCUGCAAAUGCCUCAGGCUCUGAGGCUUUGUCCUGAUGACCCCCUGUUCCAGGAAUUCUUCCCAGGACCCUAGCCCUGACCCCAUGGGGACCCUAGAUCUCAGCUCACCCGCAGGUCCUGUCUCCAAUCCCAAUGGAAUAAACAUUUCUCAAAUAUA